UUUCUGAUUUGAACGGGUAUUGAAUACAAAACAAAAUAUAAAGACGCCCAAGAAUGUCUUUCUGUCAGUUUAACGGUGGCGAGAUUUACAAGGAGCAUUUCCAGCCAGGUGUGUACGUCUGCUCCACCUGCAGCCACCCUCUGUUUACCAGUCGCUCUAAAUUCGCCCAUUCCUCCCCAUGGCCUGCCUUCACCGAGACCAUCAGGGAGGACAGCGUGACCAGGAUGAUGGAGUCCCUCACCGCUUUUAAGGUCCUGUGUGGCAAGUGUGGCAACGGACUGGGUCAUGAGUUUGUGAACGACGGACCGGGGCAGGGUCUAUCGCGCUUCUGAAUAUUCAGCCACUCGCUGAAGUUCGUCCCCAAUAAAGGCUAAGGGGGCGACCAAUAGGGUGUGAUUGUGACCGAGAAUGCUAGCCACCUA